UUGCACAGUGCUCGGCGUUUGGAUAUAUGAUAUGAAAUUGUUCAAGAACUCCAAGUACCGAAAAUACCCGCGAUAUAUCAAUUAUAGAGUUUAAUUAACACAAUUGAUUUUAAGGAAAAUCCUGGUUUAUUAUAUAUUAUCAGAAAAUAACGAUCUUGAUGUUUCACUUAACUGAACUAGUUUAUCUGGGGAUAAAUAUAUUUAUUUAUGUUUGUAAACUGGUCUUGUCUUAAACAGCCAAUCAACGCUGUCGUUUCUCACAGUGUGUGCUUGUGCAACUUCCGGUUACUCGGUUACACGCAUUUACCAGAAUUCAUUUCAAAGAUGUUGGACUUUUUCUCGAUUUUCAGUAAAGGCGGUAUCGUUUUGUGGUACUUCCAAGGAACAUCUCAACUCUUUACACAGCCAAUCAAUGCUUUAAUCAAAACAGUUAUUCUACAGGAGAGGACCGGUAACAACUCCUUUACACAUGAUGCUCUCACUCUGAAGUACAAACUGGAUAAUGAGUUUGAGCUCGUCUUUGUGGUUGGUUACCAGAAGAUAUUGCAGUUAUCUUAUAUUGAUAAGUUCCUGACAGACAUUCAACUCGAAUUUAGAAACAGAUACAAAGAUGUUUUACAAAACAGGGCCAAUGUGCUGGUGUAUGGCUUUGAUUUCGAUGAUUCCUUCAAUAAACUGUUAAAGUUAUGCGAAGACGAGAGUCGUAGGGAGGCCCAAGCAGGAAGGAAGAUGAGAACAUUUGGGGAAUCAGAGAAGUCAAAGAAAACUGUAGACUCUAUGAUAGUAAAUAAAAAGGAAGAUAAAAAAGGGAAAGGAAAGGAAAACAAGCCCAUCAAAAACGCAGCACCCAAAGAACCUACACCAAUGGAAGCUCCUAGUAAACCUCAGAUGAACACCCAAGUCAAUGGAGACAGUCUAGAUGAAGAGACUAUCAGGAAAAACAGGGAAAAGAUGUUUUCCAUGGCUACCAAAAAGAAAACCAGCAGCCCUGUAGCUAAGAAGGCAGAACCCCCAAAGAAGAAGGGAAAGCAGGCCACCAAGUGGGACCUGAAUGGAACGACUAGAGACAUGGUGAACCUGGACUUCUCAUCUAAAGGCGACGGCACUGACGAGGCAGCUAUUAAUGCACAGAAUGAAAUGCCGUCAAAAGAGGAGAUGGGUUGUGUGGGGAAGAUGAAAGGAGGACUUCAGGACAUACAACCUGAGGAGGAUGAAGAAGAGGAGGAGGAACCAUCCAGGAACAGUAGCACUGCAGGGAAGUCAGGUGGGGGCAUGUUCAGCAUGUUUAAGAAUCUUGUGGGAUCCAAACCUCUCACCACAGAGGACCUUCAGCCGGCCCUGGAGAAAAUGAGGGAUCACCUUAUUGCUAAGAAUGUUGCUGGGGAGAUUGCUGUAAAGUUGUGUGAUUCUGUGGGUGCAAAAUUGGAAGGAAAAGUUCUGGGAACAUUCACCACCAUUUCAACCACUGUGAAGAAGACGCUUGAGGAGGCCUGUGUUCAACUCCUAGUCCCCAAACGGAGGAUCGACAUUCUGAGAGACGCAAUGGAAGCUAAGCAGAAAAAUCGGCCCUUUGUCGUCACUUUCUGUGGAGUAAAUGGUGUGGGGAAAUCCACCAAUUUGGCCAAGAUAUGCUUUUGGUUGGUGGAGAAUGGAUUUCGUGUGUUGAUUGCAGCCUGCGACACAUUCCGAGCUGGUGCAGUAGAACAACUGAGGACUCACACCCGAAAGCUGAAUGCACUGCACCCUCCGGAGGCCCACAAUGGACAGACCAUGGUUAACCUGUACGAGAAAGGUUACGGAAAAGAUGCAGCUGGCAUUGCCAUGGAGGCCAUUAACUAUGCUAGAGACUGCAGAAUGGACGUUGUCUUGGUUGAUACAGCAGGAAGAAUGCAGGACAAUGAGCCUCUGAUGAAAGCAUUGUCCAAGCUGAUAAAGGUGAACCAGCCAGAUCUUGUAUUGUUUGUGGGUGAGGCUCUGGUUGGAAAUGAGGCUGUGGACCAACUGACAAAGUUUAAUCAAGCCUUGGCUGAUCACUCCAACAUGACAAACCCUCAACUGAUUGACGGCAUCAUCCUCACCAAAUUUGACACCAUUGAUGACAAGGUGGGGGCAGCCAUAUCGAUGACUUACAUUACGGGUCAGCCUAUCGUGUUCGUAGGCACGGGACAGACUUACACAGACCUGCGCAACCUUAAUGCCAAAGCUGUCGUAAAUGCUCUCCUUAAGGCCUAACAUUUUAAUAUAGACGGAAUUCCAGAUUCCUACAGAAGAGUCCUGGAUAUUGCAAGUGACCACGAUUUUAAAGGUUCUGUUUUCUGUUAAUUGUAACAGUAAUGACAUUCCUAUCAUACUUACAGAGAGCAUGUUUUCAAAACGUUACUAAUGUUGAGAUUGUUGUCAUUUAUGUUUAUCACUCAGUCUUAUCUGAUUUUUCUACAAUCAUAGAAUGCAAGAUAUUUACUUUUGAGAAAUUUGGUGCUCAUCAAAACCAUUCCUGUAAAGAAACAUUUGCAUAAUGUGUAGUAUUUACCGAGUCAUUUCAUCAUCCCUGUUCAGUGGUAGAUCGAGAUGGAAAUUUGUUGGCAAGAAAAAUAAGUUAUUUUUGGACCAUUUUGGGGUUUCACUCGCCUCCACCUCAUUUGUUUAUGAAAAUCAUCCCAUUUAAGGUGGUAGCUGGUAACCUAUCCUUUGAAAACUUCAUGGAUCUGCCCCUUCUGAUAUUAUUCUCUAGUCAUGGACUUCCUGUGUACCUGAUGUUUUCUGCUAUGUGCCUAGGCAUUAUGCUGUCUCUGUGAUGAAUUUUAUGUCUUUAACUCCCCACUGUUGUUAAUACUGUAGAUUAUUUAUGAGAUGUUUUGUACUUUUUUCAUGCUAUUGUGGUUGUGGAGAGCAAGAGUAUAUAAAUAAAGAAAUUAACACAG